GUUACCGUGUGGAGGCUGUGUUCGCUGUAGCUGCUAACCGUUGUUUUUCAGGUGAAGAUGGCCGCAGGUCCUCUCUCUGUAUCUUCCAAUGCCUCCACUAACAAUGAUGGGAUUCUCAUUGGCGACAAAUUUUACUCAGAAGUGUACCUUACAAUCGACAACUCGCUUGUACCGGAGGAAAGGCUCUCAACGACGCCGUCGAUGUUCGACGGCCUCGACCUGAACACAGAGGCCGACCUUCGUAUUCUUGGCUGUGAGCUGAUUCAGUCAGCGGGUAUUCUCCUCCGGUUGCCACAGGUCGCAAUGGCAACAGCUCAAGUACUUUUCCAUCGUUUUUUCUACUCCAAGUCCUUCGUCAAGCACAGUUUCGAGAUUGUUGCCAUGGCUUGCAUCAACUUGGCCUCCAAGAUAGAAGAAGCACCACGGCGAAUACGAGAUGUCAUUAAUGUUUUCCAUCACCUGAAGCAGCUCAGAGGAAAAAACGACCAGCUACAUUUACCAAAGCCUGGGUGAUGUGGAAUGGUACGUAAGAUGAAGCUGUCGGCAUGAACCAUGAUGCGAGGGGGGUCUCCCUCCUCCCCCAGGCCCACCCCACCCCCUCCUGCGGGAGACUCCCGUGGUCUGAGCCACCGCGGGGCACUGGGAUCGGGGAUGACAGGACUCCAAGUCCAUUGAUACUUGAUCAGAACUACAUAAAUACCAAAAAUCAAGUCAUCAAAGCGGAAAGGCGGGUCCUGAAGGAACUUGGAUUUUGUGUGCAUGUCAAGCACCCUCACAAGAUUGUUGUCCUGUACCUUCAAGUCCUGGAAUGCGAAAAGAACCAGACAUUGGUGCAGACAGCCUGGAACUACAUGAACGAUAGCCUGAGGACAGAUGUGUUUGUGAGGUUUCAAGCUGAGACGAUUGCCUGCGCUUGCAUAUACCUUGCUGCCCGAGCACUGCAGAUACCGCUGCCAACCAGACCCCAUUGGUUCCUGCUGUUUGGAGCCACGGAAGAAGAGAUCAAAGAUAUCUGCAUCACCACCCUGAGGCUUUACACCAGGAAGAAGCCCAACUAUGAGCAGAUGGAGAAGGAGGUGGAGCGAAGGAAAGUGUUCUUGGCAGAGGCUAGGAUAAAGGCUAAGGGUCUGAAUCCUGACGGUACUCCUGCACUGUCCACGCUGGGUGGCUUCUCACCUGCUUCCAAACCGUCCUCACCUGUGGUCAAGGUGGAAGAGAAGUCCCCGAACCCCCAGAGUGUCAAACCAGUUAAAAAGGAACCAGACAACCGUACCCAGGUCAACAAGAGUCCACAUAAUGGGUUAAGGAAGGAGGUAAAGAUUGGGAGGAACAGUAGGAGUGGAAGUCGUUCUCGUUCGAGAACGCGUUCGCGGUCAAGAUCGCGCUCCUUUCGCAGACAUUACAACAGCAGACGCAGCCACUCAGGGACCUACAGUUCUCGUUCACAUUCUCGUUCUCACAGCCGUAGCCCAUCACCACAGCGGCAUCCGCCCUCGCCACUCCUCCCCCACCUUAAAUCCAAGUCCGGUCACCACAGUAAUAGCGACUCCAAGCCCAGCGGUCGUCACAGCAACAGCGGAGGUGGAGGCUCCGGUCAUAAAAGGAAGCGCUCGCGCUCUCGGUCGCGGUCCCGCAGUCCAGUCAAAGUAGAAAGGGACCGUGACAGAGAGAGGGAACGCGAGAGAGACAGAGACCGCAGCUCCUUCGACCUGUCGUCAAAGAAACACAAACAUGACCGAGGAGGUGGCCAUCGAGACCGGAGGGACAGGGAGCGGUCCCGAUCCUACGACAGGGACAGAGAGAGGGAGCGUAGCCACAAGAGCAAACACCACAGCAGUAGUGGGCACUCGGGACACAGCCGUCACCGUCGCUGAGACCUGAACUGACCCACUCUGGCUCUGGGGCUGAUGGUCACAUGAGUACUUUGAGUACAUGCAAAUCAAAUUAGACACACCCUCUGAACAUUGUUUAAAUUAAAUAUUUGUGCAGAAGGUAAAACAGAAGUUAACCAAACAUCCACGUAACAGAAGAGAUUUUUGUACCUUGCUUUAUUGAAGACCAAAAAUUUUCAAAAACCUUGUCGAAGCUGCCGUGACUGAAAACACGUUUAAUUGGAUUUGCUGUUUUGUAUUACCAGCAGGUGUCAUUCCUACUGAAUUUGCUGGAUUUCUCAUACACACCCGGCAUCAGACCAUCAGCGUACACAAGUUGAUUUUAAUUUUUCUAAUUUUGUUGAAGUCGCAAAACAUCUGCCAGAAUUAUGAUUCAUCUCAGUGGAAACAGUGGAGCCAGAUAAGUCACCACGUGUCUCAUGUACAAAUGUCUUUGAUGGAAUCGGGUUGCUUUGAGUCUCAUACAGAGCAGCAGAUCUGUAGCUGACAUUUAUCUUGGGUGGUUGAUGGUUUUGCAUCUACAUGCAGACUGCAGUUGUCACCACCACCAUGAGGUGCUCUACGAUUACCUUUAAACAUCUGCCCAGACUGGCAAAGGCAAGGUUAUAGUGUGACAUCAGCUCCAGACCCAAACAUAUAUCCUGACAAACCAUCUAGCCUACCCAACCCAGCCCCCCUCUUUUUCUUUUCCCCCCUCUUUUUUUAGUUUUACAUAUAAUGUUAUGGACAUUUGGGGGGGGAAGACUUAUUUACAGUGUAAAGAUGGAUUGAUGACCACUGACAAUGUAAAUGCUUUGAUUUAUAAAAGCAAAUGGCUCAGUGGACGUACUGAAGAAUAAAUGUAAAAUAAACAUUCAGGAAAGAUCAAAAUGUUUGCACAGUCUUUGUUUUCUUUUUUAUUGAACAGAUAUGUUGCUGAUGCUGUAUUUUGUACAGUUUCAAAAGAAUACUGUCUAUUUGACUUUAUCUUUUUUCUUUUUCUUUUUCUUUUUUUUUUUUUGACCUCCCAGCAGGGAAUGCAGACUUACUGCAAAAAGAUUUUAGGGUUGUCCGUUUUGUUACACUGGUUUUUAGUCUGCACGUGUUCAUGUCCAAUUUUUAUUCAGUAAUAAAUGAGCUAUGCCACUGAA